CGCUCGAAGCCCCGCGCGCUCGACGCAUGGGUGAUGAGGGGCGCGCGGUGCGCUGGGGGAAGCGGGGAGAGCCAGCCGCCUGCCGCGACUCGCGCACGCGCGCCGAGGACCGCCUGCCCCUCUCUGUGUGUCGCGCGCGCUCGUGUGUGUGGUAUGUGUGUGUGCGCGCGCGCGCGUGUGAGAAAGGGGAGAGGGAGAAGCGCGCGAGGGUGAGUGUGUGAGUGCAUGGGAGGGUGCUGAGUGUUCCAAGGCACUGGGACCACAGCGGCAGCCUCCUGGAAACUGCAUCUAGCCAGUCCUCCGGACUUCGGGCGCAGGGGCCGGGCGCAGGGCGGCAGCCACCAGCCAGACCUGGGAAAUAGGAAUUCUUCUGCCUCCACUUCAGGUUUUUAGCAGCUUGGUGCUAAAUUGCUGUCUCAAAAUGCAGAGGAUCUAAUUUGCCGAGGAGAACGGCCAAAGAAGGAAGAGGAGGAAAAGGAGGAAAAAAAAAAAAAAAAAAAAAGAGAAGGGUAUUUUGUGGAUGAUCUACUUUUCUUGGAAAUGCAAAAGAUUAUGCAUAUAUCUGUCCUCCUUUCUCCUGUUUUAUGGGGACUGAUUUUUGGUGUCUCUUCUAACAGCAUACAGAUAGGGGGUCUGUUUCCCAGGGGCGCCGAUCAGGAAUACAGUGCAUUUCGUGUAGGGAUGGUUCAGUUUUCCACUUCAGAGUUCAGACUUACACCCCACAUCGACAAUUUGGAGGUAGCCAACAGCUUCGCAGUCACCAAUGCUUUCUGCUCCCAGUUUUCAAGAGGAGUCUAUGCCAUUUUUGGAUUUUAUGACAAGAAGUCUGUAAACACCAUCACAUCAUUCUGUGGAACACUCCACGUCUCCUUCAUCACGCCCAGCUUCCCAACAGAUGGCACGCAUCCAUUUGUCAUUCAGAUGAGACCAGACCUCAAAGGAGCCCUUCUCAGUCUGAUUGAAUACUACCAAUGGGACAAGUUUGCAUACCUCUAUGACAGUGACAGAGGCUUAUCGACCCUGCAAGCUGUGCUGGAUUCUGCUGCUGAAAAGAAGUGGCAAGUGACUGCUAUCAAUGUGGGGAACAUUAACAAUGACAAGAAAGAUGAGACCUACCGAUCGCUCUUUCAGGAUCUGGAGCUAAAAAAGGAACGGCGUGUAAUCCUGGACUGUGAACGGGAUAAAGUCAACGACAUUGUAGACCAGGUUAUUACCAUUGGAAAACAUGUUAAAGGGUACCAUUACAUCAUUGCAAAUCUGGGAUUUACUGAUGGAGACUUAUUAAAGAUUCAGUUUGGAGGUGCAAACGUCUCUGGAUUUCAGAUAGUGGACUAUGAUGAUUCCCUGGUAUCUAAGUUUAUAGAGAGAUGGUCCACACUGGAAGAAAAAGAAUACCCUGGAGCACACACAACUACAAUUAAGUACACUUCUGCCCUGACUUAUGACGCUGUUCAAGUGAUGACUGAAGCUUUUCGCAACCUACGGAAGCAGAGAAUUGAAAUCUCCCGACGGGGGAAUGCAGGAGAUUGUCUGGCAAACCCAGCGGUGCCCUGGGGACAAGGUGUAGAAAUAGAACGGGCCCUUAAACAGGUGCAGGUUGAAGGUCUCUCAGGAAAUAUCAAGUUUGAUCAGAAUGGCAAAAGAAUAAAUUAUACAAUUAACAUCAUGGAGCUGAAAACAAAUGGGCCUCGGAAGAUUGGAUAUUGGAGCGAAGUGGACAAAAUGGUUGUUACCCUCACAGAACUCCCUUCUGGGAAUGAUACCUCUGGGCUUGAGAAUAAGACUGUUGUUGUCACUACAAUUUUGGAAUCUCCAUAUGUUAUGAUGAAGAAAAAUCAUGAAAUGCUUGAAGGCAAUGAGCGCUAUGAGGGCUACUGUGUUGACCUGGCUGCAGAAAUUGCCAAACAUUGUGGGUUCAAGUACAAAUUGACAAUUGUUGGGGAUGGCAAGUAUGGGGCCAGGGAUGCAGACACGAAAAUUUGGAAUGGGAUGGUUGGAGAACUUGUAUAUGGGAAAGCUGAUAUUGCAAUUGCUCCAUUAACCAUCACCCUUGUGAGAGAGGAGGUGAUCGAUUUCUCAAAGCCUUUUAUGAGCCUCGGGAUAUCUAUCAUGAUCAAGAAGCCUCAGAAAUCCAAACCAGGAGUGUUUUCAUUUCUUGAUCCUUUAGCCUAUGAGAUCUGGAUGUGCAUUGUUUUUGCCUACAUUGGGGUCAGUGUAGUUUUAUUCCUGGUCAGCAGAUUUAGCCCCUACGAGUGGCACACUGAGGAGUUCGAAGAUGGAAGAGAAACUCAAAGUAGUGAAUCAACUAAUGAAUUUGGGAUUUUUAAUAGUCUCUGGUUUUCCUUGGGUGCCUUUAUGCAGCAAGGAUGCGAUAUUUCGCCAAGAUCCCUCUCUGGGCGCAUUGUUGGAGGUGUGUGGUGGUUCUUUACCCUGAUCAUAAUCUCCUCCUACACGGCUAACUUAGCUGCCUUCCUGACUGUAGAGAGGAUGGUAUCUCCCAUCGAAAGUGCCGAGGAUCUUUCUAAGCAAACAGAAAUUGCUUAUGGAACUUUAGACUCUGGCUCCACUAAAGAAUUUUUCAGGAGAUCUAAAAUUGCAGUAUUUGAUAAAAUGUGGACAUACAUGAGAAGCGCAGAGCCCUCGGUGUUUGUGAGGACUACAGCAGAAGGGGUGGCCAGGGUGCGGAAGUCCAAAGGGAAAUAUGCCUACUUGCUGGAGUCCACCAUGAAUGAGUACAUCGAGCAGAGGAAGCCUUGUGACACCAUGAAAGUUGGUGGAAACCUGGAUUCCAAAGGCUAUGGCAUUGCAACUCCAAAAGGAUCCUCAUUAAGAAAUGCGGUUAACCUCGCAGUACUAAAACUGAAUGAACAAGGCCUGUUGGACAAAUUGAAAAACAAAUGGUGGUACGACAAAGGAGAGUGCGGCAGCGGGGGAGGUGAUUCCAAGGAAAAGACCAGUGCCCUCAGUCUGAGCAACGUUGCUGGAGUGUUCUACAUCCUUGUCGGGGGCCUUGGCUUGGCCAUGCUCGUGGCUUUGAUUGAGUUCUGUUACAAGUCAAGGGCCGAGGCGAAGCGAAUGAAGGUGGCAAAGAAUGCACAGAAUAUUAACCCAUCUUCCUCACAGAAUUCACAGAAUUUUGCAACUUAUAAGGAAGGUUACAACGUAUAUGGCAUCGAAAGUGUUAAAAUUUAGGGGAUGACCUUGAGUGAUGCCAUGAGGAGCAAGUCGAGGCUGUCAAUUACAGGAAGUACUGGAGAAAAUGGAAGUGUUAUGACUCCAGAAUUUCCAAAAGCAGUGCAUGCUGUCCCUUACGUGAGUUCUGGCAUGAGAAUGAAUGUCAGUGUGACUGAUCUCUCGUGAUUGAUAAGAACCUUUUGAGUGCCUUACACAAUGGUUUUCUUGUGUGUUUAUUGACAAAGUGGUGAGAGGCAUCCAAUAUCUUGAAGACCUUUCUUUCAGCCAAGAAUUCUUACAUAUGUGGAAUUCAUCUUGAAUUGUAAGGAAUGGUUAUCUAAAAACACAACAUCCUUUUCUACUCCAGUUCCAGAUGAAGCUUGGUGGACAUGCACAGCUAACAUGGAAGUAUUCUAGUUUAACUGAAGUCUUUGUACAGACAACAAACCCGUUUCUGCAGCCACUAUUGUUAGUCUCUUGAUUCAUAAUGACUUAAGCACACUUGACAUCAACUGCAUCAAGAUGUGACAUGUUUUAUAAGAAAAAUAAAAAAAAACAUUUAAAAUAAAAAAAUAUUUUUAGGUAUUUUCACAAACAAACUGGCUUUUAAAUAAAUUUGCUUCCAUAUUGGUUGGAUAAGACAAAAACAACUAAACUGAGUGGGAAGUGAUUCUAAAGGCUUUAGGUAUCAGUUCCAUAUUUUUCAAAGCCAAAUAUGUACAUGCUAAAAAAAGGAAACAAAGAGAAGAUUCAAAUCUUGUAGUAAUUUAAUAUUGUUAUUAAAACUUUAAUGUAUCCUAUUCUUUAACAUUUGGUGUUAAUAUAAAAUUACUUGGCAAUGCUUGACAUUUGAAAUAAACAUUUUUCUAUUGUUUUAUUUGCAAGUGGUCCAAUUAAUUUUGCUUAGCUACAGUUUGGUCAUAAGUCAAGUGAGUUUAAAGACACUAUCAAAUUGUUAGAUUUCCAGAGAACUCGCCCCCCUUUUCAGAAUGUCGGGUGGUUCUUAAAGUAUAAACUUGUCCCCAAACAAUAUCUGGACUUGUUUUUAUUAUAUCUUAUUCUCUAUAAAGAAGUAUUUAACAUAAAGCAUUUCACCUGUGUAGAUAAAUGCUAAUAGAUUUAAAAAGCUAAUAUUAAAAAAAGAAAUAGCAGAAUAUGUGAGGUUCCAUUUUAGUGUUUGAGCUGACAGAAGAGAAGUAAAUAAAUUUAGAAAUGUCUUGAAAGUAGCUUUUUAGAUAUAUGCCCAUUGAUCAAAUUCCAUAAACUAAAUCUGGAUUUUUGUUUUUAAAAUUUUAAGAGCUAUCAUAAACCCUAUGCAUUAUGAAUAACUUAAGCACUUUUGAGUCACCUGCAAUACCGUUUCUUCCCCUUGCCAUCAAUAUAAACAAUCCUAAUAUUUUUUUAUACUUAUUCCUCAGGUGGAAUAAUUUUUAAAAUGAUCAGUGUGGGUAAAACCUCACAUUUCUGUAACUUGGACUAAAGAGCUUAUAUUUCUCUAGUAAAGAAAUUUAAAAGAACUAUCUUUCCCUUCAUAAAAGAUCAUUUAUUUCCAUUGAAGCCCUCUAUAAUAAAAUUAAUUUAGGGUUUUAAAUAAUGAUUAACAAUUAAAUCAUUAUUUUUAAUAUUUUUAUUCUUGCUAUUUCUACAAGUAUCCCUUUGUGUGAGGCACUUGGUGUUUUACCAAGUGCCUCAAAAACAUUCUUAUUUAUUAUAUUUCAUAGAAGGGAAAGAGAAAUGUAGGGUCCAAUAACAACCACUUGCUUUGAAUCUGGUGGCAUAUGGAAUCAUGAUGUUCCUCACUAAAUUUAGCUGUCCCUAAUCACAAAAUUCCAAGAUAGUACAAUAUAAUUUGAGUGCAUUUCUCCUCAUCAGGAAUGUUGGAGGUGCAUUUUAGGUUUUAAUAAUAAAUGCUAGAAUGACCAAAUUGCAGACUAAUUGUUUCCGUAUUAUACUUCAAAUGAGUUUUUAAAAAUAAAAAGAUAACUAUAUACAAUCAAUGCUAUUUAUUGUACCUCUGGGCCUACUCUUCUAAAAAUUGUAGCUUAUCAAUUUUUCUCUGUCAAGCUUGAACUAAUGUAAAUAAUUGAAAUAAUGUAAAGUUAUAUUUUCAUGUUUUUAUAUAUACGACAUGACAAGAAUACAUCAUGUAAGAGUAUUUCAACUAUGGAUAAUGUUGAUUGGAUAAUGCACAUCUCAGUUACAAGAAGUAAUCAUAGUUUAAUAUUCAUGUAACGGUGCAUCAAUAUAUUGCUAUAUAAAUAUGUCUGUGUGCAUAUAAGUGAAAAGUGGUCAAACAAGAGUGAUGACAGCUGUCUAAAGGUUUUUUUAUUCAUUUUAUAUAAAAACUGUUAUGGAAAGACCAAAAUGUUUAUGAACUAUUCUUAUGUAAAUUUACAACUGUCCUUUACUGUACUAUUUUUGUUUACAGUAUAUGGUACCUUAUUUUCUGCUGUGUUAAGUGGGUGUCAAAUUCCAAGGAGACAUACACUUUCUACAACUUCUAUUGAAGAUAUUGGAAUUUCCAAUUUUUCAUGUGUACUAUGUCAGAAAAUGCUUUUGAUUUUAUUUUUAAAUCUAACAUCAGAUGGCUUUUCUGGAGUGUUGUAAAACCUUCAAUCAUACAUAAAACAUGUUCUUACAAAAGGAAAAGAUCUUUAUUGAUUUUUACUUGAUAGUUCUUAAAACUAAUAAUAAUGAGAAACCAACGAGGGUAUUUAAAUUUAUUCCCAAACAAACCUAGCUCUUCCUACUCAACAAGGACAUCCCUUUCUCAGUUGAUAUGAUGGCUUGCUACAAAUGUGAUAAAGUAGAAAUAACUUGUUUUUUCUAAAAUGAUUAACAUUUUCAACAUUCCAAGCUUAUAAUCAUUAAGUGCUUCGGGCAUAUGAAUACAUAUGGCAAUUAAUUAUAUUUCUCAUUUUGUAACACAUACACUCUUCUACUAAAAUGUGACCAGUAACUACCAUCAAACAUUGCUCUGUAUGUAAGCAGCUCAGCUCUGUCAUAAUCACAUUAAAGAGCAGAAAGAUGACUUGCUUUAAAAAUUCCAUAAGGUAACAAACACAUUUCCAGGCGUAUGUGUUCAUUUAUUUUUUUACUGAAAGAGUAUCAAUGAGAAACUAAAACUCUUGUGUUUUGAUUCUCUUCUUACAAAGGUGAUCAUUUUAAUAUUUAGGCAGUAGUUUAUAGGUAUAGUCUAAAAUUAAGACAUUCUAGUUCCUCAAAAUUGCACAUUUAAUUUUAUUUUAUAAAAUUUUAUGGUUAGAAUACAUUUGAUAUUUAAAAGAUGAGCAUACUGAUGAAUCUGCUUAAAAAUACAGUAAUCUUGAUAUUCUGCUAUCUUGACUUUGACUGCAAAUACUGUAAGUAUUUUGGUGUUCAUGGUAGUAAAUUGAGCAAAUGAAGAGAAAAAUUAAUAAAAAAACUUACAGAAUGAUAUUAAUACAACAUGUUGACAAUACAAUUUUUUAAAAGUGCUGAAACUACUUAGAAAAUAAUGUAGUGUGCUUUCUCCCCCUUUUUCUAUUCAUCACAUCCUAUAGUUAUCAACACAGUGAAUUUAAACAAACUUAAGGUACCACUUCUACCUUAAAAUGUAUUUGUGAGUUUUUAAACAUGUUUUAGGCUAGGUAGAGUUUAUUUAUUGCACUUUGAGAGCCCACUAGUCUGUCAUGUAAAAUGAGGUGUAAUUCAGGCAAAUAUUCCAUUUUACUCUAAUUCAAAUGAAGUAAGUAGGUGUUUUGAUUGAAUUAGUUGCACAAGUUGUCUACAUUACCCACAUUCAUCAGUAUGGUUUAUUAGCAAUAUCCUAUGAACUUUGGAGAGUUUAUUGGCUAAGUUUCACAAAUUUUAUAUAAACUCUAAAUAAGCUCAUUUAAAGGAAAUAGAAUGAUAUCAAUAUCUGUUUAAAAGUAGAGUACAUUUUGUGCAAAAGAUUCUAAUACUUAAAACUGGUUUACUUUUAAUUACCAAAGAUGAAAGAUAGGUAAGUAUAAAGGAAUCAUAAUGAUAUUCUGAAUGAGAAUUUGGGGUUGCAUUAAAUGAUUUGUGAUAUUUGUACCAAAUUUUUGAAAAGGAGGAAUUCAUUCUCUUAAUAUGUUGCUUUGGCUAGACCAGGCCUCUGGAAAUUCUGUUAGGUAUUAUAAAUCACACUUCUCUAUUUCUAUGUUGUAAACAACAACAGUUCAUAGAUAGCAUAUGGCACUCUAAGUACAUGAAGGUUCAAAUGCAUUUAUAUGAAAAAGGAGAUAUUCAAGCACACAAGUGACCUAAUCCAAUACACGUAGGACAGUGCCUCAACUAAAUCUGGAUCAUAAAAAUUUGUGUAUGUGUUUUAUGUUGUUUCUACUCAUUUCCUUCUUGCUUCAUCAUUUUACACUCUUCCUGCCCUUAUGUACAACUGCAAAUUUUCAUGUAUCAUACUUCACAUGGUAUCCAGUUUUUAAAUUUCAUUCUUCUUGCCUUUUUUUCUUUGAUUCCAUGUUAUCCCAUCUAUUUCUGCCUUCUUGACUUUCCUGAGAGAUUUUGCUUUGAGAGCAUUUAGAAUGCAGUUCGUUUUCUUGAAGGCAGAACUGAUAGUCUUAGAAUUUUCUUAAUAACCAUGAAAAAUGACUAAGAUUUUCUAGAGUGAAGUAAAAAUUUCCUGCUAAGCUCUAUUUCUGCAUCAUUCACAUAUUUGGAUUCAGUAAUUGCAAAUUUGUUAUAUUCCUCCAUGUACUUAAAGAGCCCCACAAUUUAUAGAGUAUCUGUAGGAAAAGGAAAGUUCUUCAAUGAAGCAGGAAGAGUGAGAACACUGUUUUUAAAAUGUUUUCUCACCAGAAUUCCUUUUUAAAAUUACUUAGAAUAAACAUAAGCCAAUUCUCUACUUUAAUUCCACCCUUAAGUGCUUCUAGAUUAUUUUUUAACUGCUUUUUUCCCCCACUAGGUAUCAGUUGAUUUUGCUAUUUCAGAACCAAAUUCCUUUUAAGAUUAUGCAUAAUCUCACUGUUACUUCAUUGAAUGUGCCUGAAUUCACUGAAUGAAUUUGGUCAUUUUUCUUUCUUUUUUUUUUUCCUUUCAGGUUAAUGUGCCAAUUUCAUUUUAUUGUAAGUUGGAAUGUGGGGGAGUGGAUUAAGCACUUGGGAGGGAGUCAAAACCAGGAUUCUAGCAUUACCACCCCUUGUUUCACACCUCCUUUGUCUCUGUCUUCUCAACUGGAGUAUGUGGAUGCUAGGACUGUCUCAUGAGAUGAUGAAAAGAUGUGUAAUAUGAUCACUUAAAACAACAUGACAUUGUCUCUUCUUUAAAAAAGUUGUUUAAAGAAACGAGUUCAUAUAUUGGAGUGCCACUUAGUGCAGAAAAACAUCUUGAUAUUCAGUUCCAGAUAUGUUGUAUCAUCUCAACACAUUAGAAAAGCAGUUCUAUCCUAUGAUAUUCAUUGACUAAUUCAGUUAUUCAAUACUUAUUGAAUAUCUUGAGUAAAUAUAAGCUGAAGGCAAGGGCUAAACUUGAAACCUUUAUUCUAAUGAUUAGUAUAUUUUCUUUAGAGCAUGUAGAUUUUGAUCCCAUUCAAAAUGAGUAUAUGUAUAACUGUGACAAUGAAGAGUUAUAUAUUUCUGCUCAGCAACUUAUGCCUCGGGACAUUUGAACUUUAAUUUGGAGUAGAUAUCUGAUAACACUCAAGAAUGGUCUCCUUAAAAAUAGACAAAAUAUUUCCCUCUCUCCAAAACAAAAUCUUGGGUUUUGGAAAUUGUACUCGUCCAUAAAUUUGCUUGAUAACGAGUCAAUAUUUCUAUCUCUAUUUUCAGAGUCAAACCUAUUAACAAACACCACAGGUUGGUAGUUCUAAGUUGUUACGAUCUACAUGGCUAAGAUAUAGCUCUAAAAUCUAUUUUUUUUUACAAGAGAUUAUUCAAAUAUCAUUCACCAUAUUUUUGGGCAGCAGCUAAAUAGCAUCUGACAUUUAAAAGGCAACAAAAAUUAAAGGAAAAAAUGUUCGAAAACAAGCUGGUAAUUUCCUAACUGUAAGCCUUCCGACUAAGAAUAUACUCAUGAAAAAUGUUUAAAAGAAUAUUACUACCUAAUCUUUUUGUUGUUGUUGUUGUUUUUGCUUUUUAGGGCCGUACCCCCAGCAUAUGGAGGUUCCCAGGCUGGAGGUCAAUUUGGAGCUGUGGCUGUUGGCCUGUGCCACACCCACAGCAACACAGGAUUCUAGCCGUGUCUGUGACUUACACCACAGCUCACAGCAACACCAGAUCCGUAACCCACUGAGCAAGGCCAGGAAUUGAACCUGAGUCCUCAUGGAUGCUAGUCAGAUUUGUUAAAUGCCAAGCCAUGACAGGAACUCCUACUUAAUCAUUUUAAAAUUUCAUUUAAAUAUUUACUAUAAAUCACACCAAAUUCAUUGAGGGUAUUUUUAUUUCGGAUGGAAAGUGUUUGGAGGAAUCUGCCGUUUUGUUCAAUUUCCUAAACUAAAGAAGAAUAUAUUUUACCUUUAGGAAUUUAUGUUAUAGUCAUAGUAUUUUAAUUACCACCUAUUAUAUUGCCAACAUUAAUAGGUAAGAAGAUCCAGUUGAGGCAAUUGGCAAGUGUUUUGUGGCACAGUGGGUUAAGGAUCCGGCAUUAGCAUUGCAGUGGCUUGGGUUGCUGCUUUGACACAGGUUCGAUCCCUGGCCCAGAAACUUUCAUGUGCCAUUGGUGAGGCCAAAAAACCCAAAACAAAACAAAACAAAACAAAAAAAAAGAAAGUCUAUUAGGUAAGAAUCAGACCCAAAAUUUCUUAUAAAUUAAUGUAUGCAUAUUUUCUACUCCUUUUUUUGACAUAGUAUAAUGUAUUUUAGAGGUUUUUCAGGUUAAAAAAAUAUUUUUUUCUCCCCAUUCAUCUUAUUGUCAAGGAUUUUGUGUUACAAAAAAAAAAAAAAUUCUGGGCUUAAUAAUCUUUUAAGCUAUUGAAUAUAUUUGACCCAUAUCUAAAAACACUUUUGUGUAAAUAUUUACCUAUUAAAAAAUAGCAUCAUGGAUACAAUUUGCAAGGUUCUUGAGAUAUAUAUGAAAAUGGAAACCUGCAGUAAUACUUUCAUUUUGUCUGUGUGUCUCUCCCACCCACCACCCAUUCCUCCCCAAAUUAGCCUUGCCUUAUUCUCUCAGUUAUCAGAGUACACUUUUACUGAAGCCUAAGUCAUGAGUGGCAAUGACAUGUGACAGUGAGUUCUGUGUGAUUGUGUGAUCACAGACAACAUACCACUCUUUACAUAGCCUUCUUGCAAAAUAUGUGCCUUAGUUCACAGUGAGGUUUGAUGGGGAUGGCCAGUGUGAGGCUUGUCCUCCUUAUUUGGAAUUCUUCUAAAAUAAAAAUGCAUUAUCGAAUUUACAACUAUGCUUAGUCUGUAUCUUACAAGCCUUCCAAGUCUGUUUUUAUGUGUAUUAUUCUAUCAGCCCUUUCUGUUAAAGAGAUAAACAUGUCUUUGUUCAUUUUUAUUUAAUAUUAUUUGUGUUUCUCUGUGUGUUUAUGUUCAUGUGUGUAUUAAAAAUAUCCCACAUCCUCUAUAGCAUCUAUUCUGUUAAUUAUUUAUAACAUUGUUAACUACCUUCAAUUUUUUUUAACUGAAAAAAAUUCAGUGGACUGAAGUAAAUUAUUAUGGUUAUUUUAAAAAGGUUUUAGAAAGAAAAUUAAGCAACUGCUUAGGUAGGACAUACUAAUCAACAUAACUAAAUCAAGCCCCAAAUGAAGCCUUGCUGUUUUUUUCUUUAAAAUUUAUUUUAAAGUAUUUGAUUUUUCAAAAUUGAAUUUCCAGUAUCUGUACUUCAUAAUUAGCUGCCAAAGCAUAUCCUUAGGGGAAAGCAUUUUGGGGUCAUGUUUACACCAUGUCCCUUCUUCUGCAUUUUCUUCAAUUAAAAAAAAAAAAAAAACCUCCAGUAACUUAUGGUGAAUAAAACUGUGCUUCAAUAUCUGGAAAUAGUUUUCCAGAGUUGGGGGAAAGUACCCCAAGUAUCUCAAUAAAAGUUUACAGCAUCAGAGGAUAAUUAGUUACCACUAUAACAUUCCAAGAUCUGGAACCUGUUUCCCUGAGGACAUGCAGACUGAGGCACAGAAAAGUUAAGUCAUUGGCCAACUCUGUGGAGCUGGUAGAUGAAAAGUCACAAUUGUAAACCAGGGCUGAUUCUUUACCCUGAUUUUUUUGUUUGCCCCCUCUCCCCCGCUUCAUUAGAUGGGAUCUCUUUAGUUCUCAGGCAGAUAUAAAUUUGAAGAGUAGGAAUGCUUUACCCAGGGAUAAUUUUUAGGGUAUUAAUUGACAGCUUUUGAAUGAGGAUGCACUUGCAAUUGGAUUUGUAUCCAGAAACCAAACUUACUCUGUGAGAUAAUGCCAUAGAACUGGCCAGAGGACAGUUAAAUAGAAAGACAAUUUUAAAUGUUUAUUCGUUUGCUACAGAUUAUUGAAAGUAAGUACUCAUACUUAUUUUUCUUGAUGUCUUAAGUAUUUAUAAGGAAAAUGUCUUUCAGUCCAUUCAUUGGUGAGAAAAUAUAUAUGCUCUUUGUUGAUUAUUGGCUUUCCUAAAACUAAUUUUGAAAAAGGUAAAAUUAUAAAUACAAACUACCAUUAUUAUAUAUUCACUAGCUUCUAGAAAAUGUAGAAACACUUUGCCAAUAAAAAUUUGAAGAACUGGUAAAAACCAGAGAUUGAGUAUAUAAUG